AACUGAACAUCUAUUGAUGUUUUUCGCAGUUUAUUGACGCUGGAUUUUGACGAAAAGGUAAGUUAACAGCGGCUUUACGAAGAACAUUUUGUUCAUUCUAUAAAAGAGUGCUAGCCAAAGAGGAAAGAAUGACAUUGUUUGCAUUGAUCUCAGGUUGAAAUUUCAUGAUCCUCUGAUUCGAAGUGAUAAUCACAAGAGAAAACAGUUUUACAAAAGGACAAUGGAAUAAAGGUAAGAAGGCUUUGUUUUCUAUGAUUUUGAUUUCUUUCUUUUUCUCUUUGUCGGUCUUGUUUCUUUCCUUGAUCCUUUGUCCCCUGUGAAUUUCUUUUGAUCAUGGAUCAUGAGAUUGAUCGUGAUUUUCAGGAGUGCCCAUUUAUUUGUAGCUUUCGAUCAACCGAAAUCGAAUCAUGUCCAGCGUGUAAUCACGGGCUCACUUCACAGAUGGUUGAAAUUUAUAACUCUUCUCGACUUUGACUCGAUAAUUGCAAAAUUUUUCUAUAUCGCGAGAUCAAACUGACUGAAAAUUAACUGCUGACUAUUCUUGGUUUGCAACCACGUGACAAGUCGGCCAUGUUGGGGGUCAAAACAAAAGAAUAUUUCCUCGAAGAAUUUACAUGAAAAUAGAGUUUAGUUCCCAGAGGAGAGAAAUGCUUUUGUUCUUGACCACCAACAUGGCCGCCGGGGCACAGCCGUCCAGAAAUUGUGAGAUUGCCUUGGAACGCUGAGCAUUCAAAUGCACAUAGCAACCCUACUCUAGGCUAUUGUAGGCUUUUUGUUGUAUAACAUUCAGCAAAAAAACAUAAGCACAUUAUGUAGGCCGCGUUGGGUAAAAUGCUAAAAAGUGCCAAUGCCUUGAGACUUUAACGCAAGACAGAAGAAAUGGUGACGAUGGCAAGAAGAUUGGUUGAAACUGUGACUUCAAUUACCAGGCCCCAGUUGUUCAAAAGCUGGAUAGCGCUAUCCACCAUGCCAGAUAAUUCACUGUGCAACAGAUAAGUGUUAGGGAAACCAAUAUUGUGCUAUCCAGGGGAUUAAGUGAUUUAGUAAAAUCCAGCUAGUGGUCUAUUAUCGAUGCUGCAUUCUGAUUGGCUGAGCUACUACUAGGCUAUAUGUUAUAGCCCACUAGUAGCAAAAAGCGCCAGCUUUGAAAACCAAAACAAUGGUUGUCUUCACACUUAAGGCUGUUAAUUAAGACUUAAGAGUCGUUAAGUUUUACUUAACCAAAAAUUCCUCUCAAGUAACUUUGCUUUGCAUCUCAUUAAAGUCGGAAAGUUGAAACGAUUGAAGAAAGUUUCAAGCCACUUGAAAACCAUCCUUAUGACCGACUUAGCUGACUUGCGGUUUUGCAGUUUCUUGAGCUUUGAAAAACGCGAGACAUGUCAAUCAAUCUUAAUUUUGUUACUCAGAGCCCAUUCAGACUCAAGGAAUAUGAUAUGAACGCCGAAUUCAAUAACUGUUUUAUUAUUCAUUCAAAAUAAUUCCUAGUUUAAAAACAUAGCUAAAACAAGCUUACCUGCAUCGAUGUUAAGUUUUUCUUUGAUAGUUUACGUUUAGGUUUGUCCAGCUCCACAAAUAUUCUCCAAAUAGCAGAUGUCGCCCUCCGAGUCGGCUUCUUGCUAUUUUUGCUAUCCUUUUUGGCAUUAUUUUGCCUAGUUCCAGCUGUAGUUCUUACUCUUGAAACGAGUGAAGUGUCCGCCAUUUUAGUUUUUACAACGAAAACAACUCAAUCUCAUCCACAGGUCUUCUCGGUUAACGGUGCAUUAACCUGUAGAAGGCUGCAUUUUUGAUGUCAUUUCCUUGUUAAACACAAAAUUCUUCCAAAUUUGGUCAUCAGUAACUGGUUAUGGUGAAAUAUGCGUGUGCUUUUAGCCAAUCAGAACCGGGGAAAAUAUCUUAAAUGAAUAAUAAUGUUAAUUGUCCGGUGGAUAGUGCCAUCCCCACUUUGAACAGCUGGGGCCAGGAUUCUUCAGUAAAUUGUUUUCAUGUUCAAAUCAAGGCUAUUGUUUGAAAAACCUCAGUGGGAUUUUUAAAUUUAAGCAAAUACUUUAUACAAAAGCAUUUCUGGUAGUUGUACUCAACUGACAUCAUUUUAUAAAAUGCUCCAUUGUCAAACACUUCCCCCCUUGUCCUAAAGCAUACUCCUGUCAUUUCCCCUGUAAUUCUUCCUGGGGAUUGGGGAGUUUGAUGGGAUUUAAGGCAUUCCCAGGGGUGAAGUUUUCACUAGUUUUCACAAGCAAAGAGAGUUUGAUGUUGGUUGUGUUUAGUCAAGACCAUGACUAAGGUGGCAGGGGCUGUGUAUUGCGUAUCGAGUUACGAGCAGUUUUAGAGUUUUUCUUGGUGGAAACUACAUUCAUAGUUGGAAUAAAUCUUCUUGUUGCUGUUUUGACAGCCCUGCAUGCAUUCAGUUUAGUUGCCAGCUAAGUCGUUUGGUUUGAACCUCCUCUCCUGCCCUUCAUAUCACUCUGGAAAUUCCAGUUCAGCUACAGACUUUCCUUAUAAAAAUUGCAGCAUUUGUGUUUUGCCAUUUACUUUUAUGGAGACUCUUUACUUCUUAGUCUUUAAAGCUGUUUGGGUGUGAAAAAUUAAUUAAUUGAUUUCAUAUUUCACUAAUUUAUCAUUAAAAUGCAUUGACUCUUUCUUGUUUUAUUUCUUCAUGCUAGUUUGACCUGCCAGUGCCCUUUUGGAAAAAAGGGGCAAACACUCUGACUAGAAUACACCCUGCAGGUAAAAAAAAAAUCAAGCUGUCUUAUUUAAUGUUAUAUAGUAUAUAUAACCAAACAACACCCUUACCUUAGGCCCCGGUUCCUCGAUAGAUGGUUAAGUUUAACCCAGGAUUAAGCCAAAUUUUAAGCACAGUUUUCUCGUCUUCCAAAAAAUAUAAAACUCAAGCUUACAAAAUGCCAUUGAAGUCUAAGGAAUAUAUAGGAAAGUAAAAGAACAAAAAUGGAACAAAACUUGAAUCCUAUAGUUUAGCGCUAAUCGGCCUACCAGGAACUGGGCCCUGGGUGUUAAGAUUCCCGAAGUUAGAAGAGCUUAAAAAACAGUUUUAAGUGACAAAAUAGUGUUGCAAAAUUAUAGCUUCCAUAAUCCAGUUAUUCAUUGCAAGGAAUCAGUAAAGUUGAGAUGAUUGUUCAUACCAAAUUUUAUGAUUUUAAUAAAUCUAUAAUAUAAUAUGAGCAUAAAAGUACUUAAGCCUGGGAAAUUUAUGGAUGGUUGGCAGAGGCUUUAUCCGAGGCAGAUCCAGAAAUUUCAGAAAAGAGUGGCUAGGACACUUGCCAGCUAUAUAGAUCAAACUAUUUAAAUUUUGCCAAAAAAUUCUUUUAAAAUAAUGCAAAAUUACACAGAAAAAGAGGUGGCCAUGAUACGGUCCUCUUGGCCCACUUCGAGUCACCUCAAUAAUAUUAUGUAUCUCCAAAUUGCAACAAUAAAAUGCUACCAGACACUGUGUCAAAGCUGCUUUAAGGUUAAGUAAAACAGAAAACUACAAGUGAGCAUGAUCAUUCGUGAGUUGAAAAUCCGGAAUGGAGUGGACAUUACACUUGUGAUUCUCUGUUAAACAAAUGGGUAAUGGCUCAGCGUAUUUUUGAGUUAUGGCUGCAAAGUACAAUUAAUGAAAAAGAGUCACCCAAAGUGAUAGCUGAUUGCGACUGUAUAGCUUCUUGAGUGCUAAGCAAUAGUCCUCCUGAGUGUAACCAUAACUCAAUAGUGGAUGCUGAGCCAUUUACCAUCUGUUUUGUAACAUAACCAAAAGAGAAAAACUUUUAAAAUUGCCAACAGUUUUUAGAGGAAUGAUGGGACUGUACAGAUCAUAGUUUGCAAACUCUUCUCCUUCAAAAAAAUCUUUUUGCUGGAUAGGUAUAUUUCCAUCUCAAUAUGGAGUUCAACACUGUUUUUUAUGUUACCUUGAAAAGAUUAGGAGUGCUGGGGGUAUGGGGUCCAAUGCACAUACGCCUGUGCAUACAGCUGAAAUCUGGAGAAAAAGAUUUUUUUAUUCCCUGAAAGCAUUUUUAUUAUUCAACUAGGAUUGUUGAUAAAUCUUUUGCAUUAUAUUAGUGUAUUUGCCUGUCUGAAGGGUAGACAUCUCACCCUUUGCCUUUACCUUCCUUCUUGAUGGUGUCAUUUUUAUCCCAUACCACUGUUUAAAAACAACAAACUAUUGCAUUUUCCUUCAUAUUUAUUUACUAAAAAAGGUCUGUGGAAAAUGGAGGACAUGGCAUUUCUGAGCCCCUAAAUGUGAAAAAUUUUCUGGGGAAGCAUGUCCCCACACCCCCCUUGUUUGCAGUAUGUUCGCAGGGUUCUCAAUAGAAGGCGGCACCCGGCGAUUGAUCGCCGCUUACUUUGGGAUUUAUAGCCGCUUACUUUGUGUUUAAGUCGCUUUUCUUUGCUUUGUUUUGACACCUCUGGCUUUGCGGAAGAGCCUCCUACUUUAUCAGUGAUCACCUCCUACUUAAAAAUCUAUUGAGAACCCUGUGUUCGGAGGUCUAACCUUUCUUUCCAUGUGCACACCUUUAAAACCUUACGCUACACCCCUGCAUGCCUUCUGUAACUUUUCUCUCAGCAGGAUAAAAGAGUUCUCUGCAAACUAUGAGGCAAAAACAAGAUGUAAAAAUGUAGUCUCAUGGGCCCUGAGCAUGUACUAGCUUGUUAGCAGUCAGCCAUGGGCAAAAAGUAAAUGUGUAAUUGACCAAUCAGAGUGCACUAUUUCCUUUUGUUAUGUUAUUUUGUUUCAUUUUACCUAGGGAGUGAGGGAGGUGGGGGUAUCCCUAGAAAAACCUGGGUGGGAUUGUGGGGCAUGUCUUGUAAAACAGAACCUUAAUCUUUUUAAACUACGCGAUGGGUUUUUCUCUACCAUUCCUCAGACCUGACCUAAAAGAGGUCACGGAGGGGGCAGGGAGAGAGCAAAAUGUGAUUAGAACAACCUUAAGAGCAAGGGAUCAACAUACUCAGGCACCAACCUAUGGCCUAGCCAGUAUCUUACCAAUACGCAUGCACACAGCCAUAUCACCGGGGCAGUGGCAGCCAUGGACAAGUGUUUUGCCCUUGUUUGAGCUCAUCAGCAUGACAUGGCCAUUACAACCCUGCAGUGAUGACUUGAGGUCAUGUUAACAGUUGCCCUUCACUCUAUAGGAACUGUCACACUAUCCGAUUUAUUUAUUCUUGCAACUAAUAGAAUAAAAUAUUAUUAUUCCUGGUUGCAGAUGUACUGUUGCUGAAGCUGUCGUUUUUUACCAGCAUGGCGACUGCAGCACCUUCACCUUUGGCCAGCUCUCCAGAAAAGACAAAUGGAAACAAGCUGAGCAGACUUCUCAUCGAUGGCGGAACAACAGUGCUGAGGAAUAUUUUCGAUCACUAUCACCCACCUGUCAACUUGGCUUCUGACCUCAACUCCAAUUACUCCAUACUUAACAAACUUUUGCGUAAAAGAGUACUAAAUGGGCAUCAGUGGGACAAAUUGUUUCCCCCUGGUAGAGGGGUACCAGACUCCAACACGUUUGACAUCACUCUUCUGUUCCUUCUACUAACCAACAUUUGUAGUUUAUCCCCUCCCUUGACAGGAUGGCACACCAAGCCAUCCCCUGGUGAUAACUCUCUUGAGGCUAACCUUGCUCGUGUUAAGUUCUUCCGGAAUGAGUUGUAUGGUCACGUGACUUCCACUGCUUUUGAUGCGGCAAUUUUCUCUUCCCUGUGGCAAGAAAUAAGUGCUGUUCUACUUUCUCUCGGUUUGGAUCAAGCUGAAAUUGACAGACUUAAGGCGGAGAGUGGUGGAGAGGAAGAUUAUCUUGAUGCCUUAUUUGAGUGGGCUGACAGUGAUGUGGAAAUAAAAACAGAGCUUAAGGAUAUCCGUCAAUCUCAAGCCAAAAUCCAGGAAGUACUGCAGCUCAAGGAAGACAGAAGAAAAGAAGACCAAGAAAAUGAAGUUCUGAAAAAACUGGCAGUUGUUGACACCAAGAAAGUCAUUCAAACUCACUUGGACAAGUAUCAAGAGGGAACCCGCAUUUCUGUCUUUGAGAAGAUCGAGUUGUGGCUAAACGACCUUACUUCUAAAAAUCGUGUCAUGGUAAUCAGUGGAGAUGCAGGAAUGGGCAAAUCAGUGAUUUCCGCUGUCGUUUGUCAAAGAAUGCAACAUGCUGGUCGGCUGACGGGAAGUCAUUUUUGUCAGCACAACAAGGCACGUCCCAGAAAUCCUAAGAUAAUGCUUCAAUCGUUAGCUUAUCAGCUGAGUGAGUUUUUGCCUCCGUAUAAAAAAGAACUUGUAAAAGCACUGUCUAGAAACUUGGGUGAGGACAUCAACAACCUAGAGGUUGGAGAGCUCUUUGAAUUGCUGUUCGAGAAGCCUUUAAGAACUGUAGAUGAUCCGGGAAGAAGCGUGCUCAUGGUGGUUGAUGGCCUGGAUGAAAGUGAAUACAAAGGCCGCAAUGAGCUGCUUGAUGUCAUGGCUAAUCAGUUUAGUACACUUCCUGGUUGGGUUCGAUUUUGUGUUACAACUCGCCCGGAAAUAAAUAUCGCAGACCGUCUUAAAAAGUUCAACCCUGUUCUACUGGAGCAAGAUGAUGAAGAAAAUGUAGGAGACAUCAGACGCUUCCUUGAAAGACAGCUGUGCAGCGUCAUUCAAUCAGGCUUUGAAGAAGUUGUUAUCGAUGCACUGGUCCAAGAGGCUGCAGGGCAUUUUUUAUAUGCUUAUUUGAUGGUCGAUUUUAUCAAGGAAAACGUUUUACUCCUUACCCCCGAGGAGUUAGGAAGAAUCUUACCUUCAGGUGUAUCGUCUGUUUAUCAGUCCUACUUUGAACGUUUAGAAAACGAAUUGAAAAUUGGUGAGGACCAGUUUUUGAAUUUUCUAAGUGCUCUGGCGGCUGCAAGAGAACCACUUCCUCUAGACUUUGUUUCUAAGAUGUUGAUUUCGGACUUGAAGUCCCCAUCUAGUCAUCGGAAAGUAAGAAAAGCUAUCGAUUCUAUCUCAACCCUUCUUCCUGUUCAUGAUGACCGCAUUGUGUUCUUCCACAAAUCACUUAAGGAUUGGUUGACUGACAGAACUGCCUACGGGCGCCACAACUUCUCUGUUUUUGAAAAGCAAGGUCAUGUCAUGCUUUCCCAGCUCUGUACUAAUGAACUGAAUAACGUGAAAAGAAAAGGCGUUCACGGCACUGAAUUCAGUGACACUGCAAGGUACGCCCUACAGCAUGGUGUUUGUCAUAUGCUCGAGUCGGAAGAGCUGGAAGAGAGUACAAGAAGCUUUGAAGAAAUCGUUAACAACUAUGUCACGGACUUAGACAUUGUGUAUGCAAAGCUAUGUGUAAACGACACGGCUAGUUCUGAGGACAUUGUCCUCACUCAGAAACAAGAAGCUUUUCAGUUAUUGAGCAGUGAGAGACAAAACGCCCUUGGCACGUUGUUGUUUCUUUUAAGAAAGUACCAUGAAAGACUUACGACGAAUCCCACUUCUUUUUUCCAAGUGAUGGUGAACGAAGGAGGAGACGAUUUUGCUGGUGAAGCGACAGAACUUUUGCAGACCAAAUAUCAUGAUAUCCCGUACAUGAAGUACGUUCACAAGGGGGCUAUGGAAGAGGAAAUGGAGGUUCAGGCUUUGUUUCGCUGCAACUCUCGAGUGGCUUGUUUUGAUAUUUCGCCUCAGCAGGAGUUCAUGGUGUGUGAAUGUAGAGACGGGACGAUUCAACUAUGGUCAGUACAGACAGGGAAGCAAAUAUGGAAACGUCCAGUCAAGUUCGGUAAACGUUACGUUGAUGAUCUUGACGCGUUCAGGGUGGUACCCAACUCAUCUGUUUUGUCAUGUUAUCGCUCCGUUGUUUUUCACCCUACUGAGUCCAUUGUUCUUCCUGGAAUCCUAAGCCAUGCCUACUCAAUUGACGGAGCUUUCCUUCCACUGUUCCCUAACAGCAACUGCAAAUUUACCGUUUGUUCAGUUAAUGGGGAUAGUAUGAUUACAGAUUUCCCUAGUGAUGCAAAAUGCCUAGUCAUGUGGAGUCUAACAAAUGGCGAAGAGAUCACUCGAACUGAGAGAGGUGAGGUUGUAUUGUCUUUUGCGUGGUCUCCAGAUCGAAAGCUACUAGCAAUUUCUCAUCUUUCGGGACUGGUUUGUCUGGUUGAUGCAUUGAAUGGCUUUGAGACACUUGCAGAGAUCGCCACUGUUUUACCAUGUGGAAUGAUCAAGUUUGCCCUUAACCUCAAAUUUCUGUUUUGUUGGUGUAAACCAGUAAAGUCUAUGUGGGAGAGAUACCCAAAAGGCAUUCGCGUGAACGUCAAUAACUUGCCUUGUGGCACUUUUUCCUUGGAUGUUGUUAACGAUAAAGUUGACUAUGAACCUUGGGAUUAUGAAUCAUCUAGCAAAGCUGGAUUCUUGAUGGGAGAUCCUGUAUCAUGUUUGUUCAGGCGUGUCGAUGACUUUUUGGGACCCCUUUGGGUUCUUGUAGAAGGAGCGUUUGCGUUUGUCUUGAACAGACAAAAUUUAUUGAGGGUAUUCCCUGGAAACAACCGCAUUGCCAUGUUCAAUCCUGGUGAAAUGAAAAUUGCAACAACCACGUCCCAUAGAAGACUACGUCAUGUUGCUUUUGCUGUAGAUGGGAAGUCCGUUUAUGGUGUAACUGAAGACAAGGAAGCAGCAGUGGUAUCUUUUGAUGUAUCAAGUGGAAAACUUACAGCAAAGAUAGAGAUUGGUACUUGUCGUGAUGUCCAUUAUCCUAUACAGCCUUUUACGACCGUAAACUAUUCUGACCAUGGUAUUUGUCUUGUGACAAUGACCAAUGGUGUCCUUUUGAAACUACGUCAUCGUAGGACUGCUGUUCAGCUAUGGAAUUUUGAGUUGUCUCAACAAGUCCGAAGUUGGCCCAGUCUAUGCGAGGUUACGUAUAUGAUGCCAGUCACGGACCAUUGUGUAGCAUGUGUGGGCAGAAGGUUUGAAGUGAGCAUCCUGGACACAUUAAGUGGAGACAUAAUGAAGACCAUCUCACUUUGUCAUGAGGGAUAUGAGUCAACAUGUCCAAUUAUGUAUAAAGAAGCCAUAGAAUGUAACAGUACAUUUCAGCUGUUAUCCACGGCUCGUGACUCAGUUCAGCUUUCAGAUGAUAGAGGUAGUCUGUGGAAGAGAGUUUUUAAAGAUUCUCUGUUGUACUCGUGGAAUGUCCCUGGCAUGUUUUCUCCAAAGGAAAACUUUGUCCUAAUCUCAGCAAAAUCCCCUCAGUGUAAGCAAGAAGUACACGUGCUUGAUGCGUCUUCAGGGGCCACUCUUUGCACCCUUUGCACAGUCGAUCACGUGACGAACUGUGCGUUUGUUAGUGACGCGGAAUGUGUAAUCGACUGCCAGGAUAGAUCAGAAAGUUCUUGUCUUCGGUUAUUUAAUGUUAAGACUGGAGAUUUGCUCAGCGUACUUGAUAUGGAUACAUGGCCUUCCUGUUUGGCCUCCUUCCCUCAAAAGGGUUUGAUCGCCUUUGGCCUCUGGAACUCCGAACGUAUGUGCGCAUUUAUCGAGGUCAAAUUGCCUCGAGACAAAGUCAACAGGAAAGCAAAG